GGCGAUUCUGCAUUUAAAUCAGUUGACUGCCUUUUCGUGUUUUGUCGAAACACUCUCAACACUUUGGAAAUUUUGUUUAUUAGUAGUUCUCAUGAGGCAAUAAUCAUGGCGUUUCUAUAUUCAGUAUGUGUUGAAAUCGUCAAUCUACUAUCCUCCAUUUUUCUUUUGAUGGCCGUAAUCAGUCUUUUGGUCUUUGGAAGUUUUGUCAAGAAAAGAGGGUCCAGGCGUUUCCCCGCGGGACCUCGCGGCGUGCCGAUCUUAGGAUACCUCCCAUUCUUGGACUGCCGUCGACUCCAUCGGAGCCUGUCGGUCCUUGGCCGUCGCCAUGGCAACGUUUUCUCGAUGAAGAUUGGCGCGCAGACGGUCGUGGUUCUGAAUGGCGCCGACGUCAUCAGGGAGUGCUUCGUUGGGAAAGCGGCAAGUUUUGAUGGACGACCGGUGUGGAUGUUGAACAAGGUUAAUAAAGGACGAGGUAUAGCCAAUGAGCAACCUUCAAAGAAAUGGCAAGCCUAUCGCAAGGCAUGGUCAAAGGUCACCCGAGGUUUGACCUCGCAUGACCUCAACAUGGAGGCAAAGAUAUCUCGUGACAUCAGCUCCAUCACAGCUACUUUAAUGUCGAGUCAAGGACGGCCAAUAGAUGUCUCCAAGGUGGUUCACAUGGCUCUUUGUAACAUCAUCUGCUCCCUGUGCUUUGGGAAGAGCUUCUCCUAUGAGGAUCCUGACUUCCAGAAUCUACUCAAGAUGGCAGACCAGUUCUUCCGUUAUCUUUCUAGUGCCAGUGCAGUUAAUUUCUUCCCAAUUCUCUGGUACUUCCCACUGAAAGCCAACAGGGCUGUGACCGAGGGUUAUGAAGGGAUCUUUGCCUUUGUGAAGAAACUCGUGGAGGAAAAACAGGAUGGACACUGGAACAGUGGAGCCAAUGGGUUUAUCGAUGUGUGCUUGGAGGAAGCAAAGUCAAAGAAAUCAAACAAAAUGUCCGCAGAAGUACAGGACAAACAUUUUGAUCGAAGAGGACUCAAAAGAAAUGCAGUAAAUGAAGAAUGUGAUUUCAUAUCUAACAAAGAUUUCAAAGUACGUGACAACAUGGACCAUGAAGAAACAGACAAGAAAGAGAAAGAUGUCCUUGAAACACCUGAUGGUUAUAAUCAACGAGCCAUCUGUGAAGACGUAACAUAUGUAGCAACGGAUAUGUUCAUAGGAGGGGCAGAAACAACGCAUGCUGGUGUGAUGUGGGGCCUUGUCUUCAUGGUUCUCUACCCAGACAUUCAGGCUAAGGUCCAGAAAGAACUUGAUGAUGGGGCGGGGGACAGUCUGCCAGUCUGGAGUGAUAGACAUCAUUUACCAUACACACAGGCCUGUCUGCAGGAGAUCCUACGCCUUGGCAAUGUCAUCCCCAUCGCAAUCCCUCAUGUGACCACCAGUGAUGUCACAUUAUCUAACGGAUGUCAUCUUCCUAGAGGAACAACUGUCUUGUCCAACCUAUACGCAUGUCACAUGGAUCCUACAGCAUGGAAAAACCCAGAAGAAUUUCAACCAGAGAGGUUCCUUGACUCUGAGGGAAAACUGAAGCGAUUUGACCACUUCAUGCCAUUUUCAUUAGGUCAUCGCAUGUGCCUUGGGGAACAGUUGGCUCGCAUGGAGCUUUACCUUGCCUUCACACAUAUUCUCAUCAUGUUUGAUGUCAGACUUGCUCCGAACGAACGCCAACCAAGUCUUGACGGCCGCCCUGGGAUAACACACAGUCCAUACCGUUUCAAAAUAUGUGCAGUGUCAAGAAAAUCUUGAAUUUGAAAAGAUAAUGACAGGAAGACUAGUCGACAAUGAAUAAGAUGGAAAAAGGAAUAUGUUCAAUUUAUUUUUAAAAAUAUAGUGUAUUUUUCUCCCGAUACAUACAAUUUUUUCUUGUAAUUACACACAAAAUGCCAUGUACAUGGUUCUAACAUAUAUAUAAGUAGGUUACAAUAUGAAUACAAAUAUGAUAUAUGAAUUGUAGUGGCACUUUUUUAUGAACUAAUGGUACAUGUAGCUAUAUCUGUAUACGGUUUCUUUUUGUGUUUUAAUCUGUUUUCUCUUGAAAAUAAUUUGAAUGAAUUUAAAUGAGAGUAUAGUGAAAAUGAGAGUAUUUUAACUUCCAAUAUGUACAUAUCUUUGUUUCUUAUGGUUUUAACAUACGCAUUAGGUUACACAACGAAUACAAACAACAAAAUUGACAUCAACAUGUGUUUAUUAAUGAAAUUGAAAUUGCUACAGAAUUAAAAUAUUAUUAUUUUGCUCUAUUUUUGCUCUAAAAAUCCUGACUUCAUUAGAUUAUGAGGUAUAUCAGAAACAUUGUACUUUAAAAUGAUGACUUCAAGGGAAAUAGAAGAGGCACUCACAUGGCAACUAAAGGCAGGCAACAACAACAAAAAAGGAAAUUUACUGCCAUCUUUAAACCUAAAUAGACUGGGC